CGGUGACAACUGACAGCUAGAUAAUGUGAUUGUGAUUUCAUAAAGCUAUUAUAGCGAUUGCCAUUUUGUUGAAACAUAAGUUCAUUGCUUAUAAUAUUUGUCUCGUAUCUUUAAUCAGUAUAACACCUAAGGCUUUACAAUAAAUUUAGUUGCUAAUACAAUAUUAAUUUAACAUUACUCAUUAACCAUGAGUAGCAAGGAUAGUAAUUAUAAUGAGGAUUUGUUCGAGUACAUUAAAGUCAGUGAAGACGAGGAUGACUCCAACGCCGUUGAAAUACCGUGUGAGUUAAACGGAACUUUGUUGUUAUCCACAUUGGUUGCUCAAUUUCCAGGCGCUUGUGGACUUAAAUAUCGUCAUCAUGAAAGCAAAUGCAUUCGAGGAAUUCGCCUUAGCGAAGGAAAACUUCAUCCACCUACAGAAGCAGGAUGGGGUAAACAUCUAUAUAUUUGUGUAUUUCCUAAAGAAAAUAAACGAAAGAUGGAAGACGUGUCUCCCGAAAAUUCUGCGGCAAAAACUAAACGUUUGGAAAAAAAGCUCAUAUGUUCUGAUUUAAUAUGUCUUGGUUUACCUUGGAAAUCUACUGAAGAUUCUAUUAAACAAUAUUUUGAACAGUUUGGAGAAGUUGUUAUGGUUCAAUUAAAGAAAGAUAAAAACGGAGCAUUCAAAGGCUUUGGUUUUAUUAGAUUUGCCACUUAUGCUUCACAAAUGAGAGCAUUGGCUCAAAGACACAAUAUUGAUGGUCGCUGGGUGGAUGUGCGUAUACCCAACUCGAAAGAGGGAGUGGUACCACAAAUGCCCUGCAAAGUAUUUGUUGGCAGGUGUACUGAAGACAUGACAGCCGAUGACCUUAGAGAAUAUUUUUCAAAAUUUGGAGAAGUCACUGAUGUUUUUGUGCCACGUCCAUUUCGAGCAUUUGGCUUUGUAACAUUUUUAGAUCCUGAAGUAGCACAAAGUUUAUGUGGAGAGGAUCAUGUUAUUAAAGGUGCAUCAGUUUCAGUUUCAAGUGCCGCACCAAAAAUUAAAAGUAAAAAUAACUCAAAUUGGAAAGAUGAUUCUUAUGGCUCUAGCAAUUGGGACGGAAAUCGAUCAGGACCCAGUGGAGGCUCAAGCAAUACUGGUGGAGGUAGCACUAUUGAUUCUUUAAACAUGCAGAACUUAGGAAUCAACCCAAAUGGUGGUGGACCUCCGGCAAAUUUUAAUCUACCUAUAAGUCUUGUUGCUGCUGCUCUGAAUCAGGCAGGGUGGGGAGGAUUUUUAGGAGGUCCUAACAAUUCAGGACCUAAUAAUUGGGGACAAAAUGGUCCACCCCAAGGUGGAAAUACAGGUAAAAAUUGGAAUAAUAAUGCAAACUGGAAUCAAAAUGGACCACCACCAACAUGGAACCAAGGUAACAAUCCUAAUUGGAACAGCAACAAAAACGGUAACUGGAAUCAAGGCAAUUGGUCAAAUGGCCAAGGGUGGGGAGGUAAUGGCUCAGGGCCCUCUGGAUCUAACAGUGGCUGGAACAAUAAGCCCCAGACAUGAGGUGAGAAAUCACUACUACAAUCUCAUGACCUAUUUAGCUGAAGCAGAGGUAUUAUUUAUAAGUUAAAAUUAUUUUUUGUUAGCUAUAAAAUUAUACUUCUAUUGAUAUAAUGAUUAUCACUUUGUGGUAAAAAAUUAUUUUAUAGUGAGGAAUUUUGUAGUAGGUAGUUGUAAGUUUGACCCAAAAUUGUGCGUACAUUGUGAAGAUGUGUGAAGAGAGUGAAAAAUAAAGGAUGUGUACUAUGAGAUGGAUGUUUUACUUAUUUGACUGUAACAUAUUUUUGCAACAGAGAAGUAUGUUUGACUAUUUAUAAUAUUUUUUUGGAAAGGCUUAUUUAUUCUGGACUAUUUAUGAAGGAAUUAUUGAGUGUGAGUGUAGUCUAGAAGAGAACGGUAGAACAUGGAGAAGAUGCCUUGGUGUUUGGAUGUGUGAUGUGCAAUCAUCAUGAAGAUCAAAAUGGUACAAAAUCUAAGCAGCUAAUUUGAUGUGGGAUAUAUUUGGAUUGAACAUAAAAUGGAAAAACAUUUAUUAUUUCAACAAUCUUACAGCUGAUAUGUGAGGAUGUGUGAGGUAUGAUACACGGCCCAUGCAGCUUGUAGAAUGAAAUACGUAAGUUAAUAAAGAGAAGCAAAAUGGUUGAUUAAUAAAAAUAUUCUAUAUAAA